CCUGGUUUAGAAUAAUGAGUAAUUAUGCGAAUUUAUCCUUAUGUUCAUGUGCAUUUGUUUUUAUUUCCUCAACUGACAUAAUUAUUACUAAGAGAGUUUCUGCGGUUCUGCUUAAUGACUGGUACGAAAAUUUGCAUGAUGUAAUUAUUGAGUAUUCGAAAGUUUCUGUUAAUGACUGGUACGAAAAAUUGCUUGAUUUGGGUUUAAAGAGUUUUUUUUUUUCAUAAAUAAUGGUCAAUUUUUUUCCUUCAGAAAUAUUUUUUUUUCUUAAAUUGUAAGAAAUCCCACUUUUUCAAAAGUAUCAUUAUGGAAUCAGGAAAUAAAUUGAGAGAAUCCUCUCGUAAGAAAAUUGAGGAAUUGCUAAUCGAAGGGAAUCACAAGCGCAGUGAUAGAAGCCGAAGCCGAAGCAGAAACAACAACAGUAAAACCAACAUCAACACCAGCGAAACCAUCAAUGACGAAGUUAACGUUCUUCAGACUAAGAGAUGGCUUCCUGUAAAUUCAAAAAUUGAAGAUCGAUUAACAAAGAUUGAAAAUAAAAUCGAUACUUUAAGUAAAGAAAUACACGAGUUUAAAUCCGAAUUAAAAAAUUUACUUUCUGAUAAAAUAAAUUUGUCAUCAAGCGUUAAAGAAUCAUUCAUAGUGGUAGGAAUAUCUUUGAAAUAUUUAAUUUUAUUAUUUAUUUACGUUCUAAUUAUUUUGAUUGAAGGAUAUUUAGUACUGAACCAUGCGAGUUUUUUCUCUAAUUUUACUGAAGACGAUUGGAUCACGUAUUACAACGAGAAUAUACAUAAACAAUUAACAAAACAAGUACGGUCCGUAAGAGGAACAUUGUCCUCGAAAUCAAGGGAGGCUAUUUUUUCUAUAUUCGGAUCCCGUUUACCACCUAUAAACACAAAUGCCGGGCCGUCUGAAGUAGCAAAGUGGGAGAGAAAACCCGAAGUUAAAGAUUGUUUUGAAGGCCUGUUCAAAAAAAUGAAUCCCAAGGACAAAAAUUCUUCGAUUGUUUUAGCAAGCGUUAUUGACAGAGCCCUCCAAAAUGACCAUUCUAAUGCAGAACUUGCAUAUGUUCUUGCGAUCUGCUCAACAAUUUUAAACCCAAAUCAUGACGAAAUAAGGUGUAAAAAGAAUAUCAUGAAACAAAAAGUUAAAAAAUUUUUAAAAAAAAUCAACAGUCAAACGGGCAUAAGAUAUUCCGAUUUUGAAGAUAAUAGCUAUGAGGAAGAAGAAAGCGGAAAUGAAACUGAAGAUGAAGAUGAUGAUGUAUAA